AUGGUCAACUACAAGGUUGCUGAUAUCUCUCUUGCCGCUUUCGGCCGUAAGGAAAUCGAGCUCGCUGAGCAAGAAAUGCCUGGUCUUAUGUCCAUCCGUGAAAAGUACGGUCCUUCCCAACCCUUGAAGGGUGCUCGUAUUGCUGGUUGUCUUCACAUGACCAUCCAAACCGCUGUUCUCAUCGAGACCUUGACCGCUCUUGGUGCUGAAGUUACCUGGUCUUCUUGUAACAUCUUCUCUACCCAAGAUCACGCUGCCGCUGCUAUUGCUGCCACUGGUGUUCCUGUUUACGCCUGGAAGGGUGAGACUGAUGAGGAAUUCGUUUGGUGCAUUGAGCAAACCUUGAAGUUCCCCAGCGGUGAACCUUUGAACAUGAUCUUGGAUGAUGGUGGUGAUUUGACCAACAUUGUUCACGAAAAGUACCCUGAACUUCUUCCUGGUAUCAAGGGUCUUUCCGAGGAGACCACCACUGGUGUCCACAACUUGUACAAGAUGAUGAAGAACGGCACUCUUAAGCUUCCUUCCAUCAACGUCAACGACUCCGUCACCAAGUCCAAGUUCGACAACUUGUACGGUUGCCGUGAAUCCCUUGUUGAUGGUAUCAAGCGUGCCACUGAUGUCAUGAUUGCCGGUAAGGUUUCCGUUGUUGCUGGUUACGGUGAUGUCGGCAAGGGUUGCGCUGCUGCUCUUAAGGCUUUCGGUUCCCGUGUCUUGGUUACCGAAGUUGAUCCUAUCAACGCUCUUCAAGCUGCCAUGGAAGGUUACGAAGUUACCACCAUGGAGGAGGCUGUCAAGGAAGCCCAAAUCUUUGUCACCACCACCGGCUGCCGUGACAUCAUCACUGGUGCUCACUUUGAGAACAUGAAGGAUGACGCCAUUGUGUGCAACAUUGGUCACUUUGACAUUGAAAUUGACGUUGCUUGGCUCAAGGAGAACGCUGCUGAAUGCGUCAACAUCAAGCCCCAAGUCGAUCGUUUCACCAUGAAGAAUGGCCGUCACGUCAUUUUGCUUGCUGAGGGUCGUCUUGUCAACUUGGGCUGUGCCACUGGUCACCCUUCGUUCGUCAUGUCCAACUCCUUCUCCAACCAAGUCUUGGCUCAAAUUGCUCUCUGGACUCAACCCGGCCAAUGGUCCGUUGGUGUCCACGUUCUCCCCAAGCAACUUGAUGAAGAAGUUGCCCGUGCUCACUUGGGCAAGCUUGGUGUCAAGCUUACUGAACUCACCUCCGUUCAAUCCGAUUACCUUGGUAUCCCCGUUGCUGGUCCCUACAAGCCUGACCACUACCGUUACUAA